GCGACCACAAAUUUAGCGCUCACCGGAUUGUCCUGGCGGCCUCCAUCCCUUACUUCCAUGCCAUGUUCACCAAUGAUAUGAUGGAAUGCAAGCAAGAUGAAAUAGUCAUGCAAGGCAUGGAUCCAAGUGCACUGGAAGCUCUGAUCAACUUUGCCUACAAUGGACAUUUAGCCAUAGACCAGCAGAAUGUCCAGUCUUUAUUGAUGGGGGCCAGUUUCCUGCAGCUGCAGAACAUCAAGGAUGCCUGUUGCUCUUUUCUCAAAGAGAGGCUUCACCCCAAGAACUGUCUGGGCGUGCGCCAGUUUGCCGAAACCAUGAUGUGCGCCGUCCUUUACGAUGCUGCAAACAGCUUUAUUCACCAGCACUUUGUGGAGGUUUCGAUGUCGGAGGAAUUCUUAGCUCUGCCCUUUGAAGAUGUCCUGGAGCUGGUCUCAAGAGAUGAACUCAACGUGAAGUUAGAGGAGCAGGUCUUUGAAGCUGCCUUGGCCUGGAUCAGGUAUGACCGAGAACAUCGGGAGUCCUGCUUACCGGAGCUCCUCUCCAAAAUCCGCCUGCCACUUUGUCGGCCUCAGUUCCUCACCGACCGCGUGCAACAGGAUGACCUUGUCCGCAGCUGUCACAAGUGCAGGGACCUCGUGGACGAAGCGAAAGAUUACCACCUCAUGCCGGAGCGCCAGCCGCACCUCCUGGCUUUCAAGAUGCGCCCCCGUUGCUGCACCUCCAUCGCUGGCUUGAUCUAUGCUGUGGGAGGACUCAAUUCGGCAGCAAAUUUCUACGCAGGCGACUCGCUGAAUGUGGUGGAAGUCUUCGACCCCAUUGCCAACCACUGGGAGAAGUGCCAGCCAAUGACGACAGCCCGCAGCCGGGUGGGCGUUGCCGUGCUGAACGGGCUCUUGUACGCCAUUGGGGGAUACGACGGGCAAUGGCGACUGAGCACCGUGGAAGUGUACAACCCCGAGACCGACUCUUGGUCCAAAGUGGGAAGCAUGAACAGCAAACGAAGUGCGAUGGGAACUGUAGUCCUAGACGGACAGAUCUACGUUUGCGGAGGGUACGAUGGCACCUCCUCUCUGAACUCGGUGGAGGCAUAUUCGCCCGAGACAGACAAGUGGAUGGUGGUGACUCCCAUGAGCUCCAACCGCAGCGCAGCUGGUGUCACAGUCUUUGAAGGCCGAAUCUUUGUCUCCGGCGGACACGACGGAUUGCAAAUCUUCAAUAGCGUGGAGUACUACAAUCACCACACAGCCUCUUGGCACGGUGCGGCCAGCAUGUCGAACAAACGUUGCCGGCAUGGAGCCGCUUCCCUGGGCAGCAAGAUGUUUGUCUGCGGCGGCUACGACGGCUCCGGCUUCCUCAGCAUCGCCGAGGUGUACAAUUCUGCAGCAGAUCAGUGGUACCUCCUCGUUCCCAUGAACACCCGGCGCAGCCGUGUCUCCCUCGUGGCAAACUGUGGCCGGUUGUAUGCUGUGGGCGGCUACGACGGACAGUCCAACCUGAGCUCUGUAGAAAUGUAUGACCCAGAAACCAACCGCUGGACGUUCAUGGCUCCGAUGGUGUGCCACGAGGGAGGGGUGGGGGUGGGCUGUGUCCCCCUCCUGACUAUUUGAGUGUCCGGGCCGGGGUACAAUGUGCAUUGCAUGCAAGCCAUAGAAGAGACAAGCUGUGGAAGGACGCCAGUUCUACCAAGAGGUACAUCAUUUUGAGGUGCUUGGGGUGUGCCCAUUUAGGAGAACACACCAACAGCUCCAUGGGCUAAGAUCGAGUGGCUCUUGAGGUCCCAUGGAGUUGUGAGAAUCCAAAGAUUUGGGUGGUAUGAAGGAAAGCUGCGCACCCGUCUCUGCCAAACUUUGUGUUGCUGAAGCUGCCUCAGGCUCUGUGAUUAUGCGGGGAAGUGGGGCGGUGGUGGAUGGGUCAGUACAGACGGACUUCGGCGGGAGGAGCAGGAGGAGGAGGAGAAGAAGAAGAUUAUUAUGAUUUCUCCUGUUGUCCCCUUUCAAAGCUCUGAAAGUGAAAACACUACAGGGAAAAUGCCUUUUGUUCACGUGUGGCUGGUACCCUACCACCAUGACCACCAUCGCACAAUAUUUUGGGAUAAAUGUAUUGGUUUCUAGCAUGUUCAGAAUCUCAGCUGUUCCAACUGAGAAAACAAGGGUGUUGGAGGACCCCUUGAGAAAGUUGGCAUGGUUGAACAAGCAGCCUUCUCUAACACAGUCCCCACCAGAUGGGCUGGUCUACACCUCCCAUAAGUACCUAACAAUAUGGCCUGCAUAGGAACCAUUAGGGUUAUAAUGGGCUUCCCCAAGUUGAGGAAAUCAACUUUGUUUGAUCUGUAGCUUGCCCAUCUACAGCCAAAUCAGAGAGCUCCUUUUGUCUUCUACUGUGUGACUUCAGACCAAAAGGACAGGUUCAGGGUAGAAGUGGGUUUCCUAUCCUUCAUCUUCUGAGAUGGCUGUCAUCUCAGGCUUUGAACAACCAGAGAUGAGGCUUGCAUCCAGAAAAGCAAGCAUUUUGCAGUAUUUACUUCCUUGACUGUCUUGCAAAGCCAGAGGUUGUGUGAUAGGGCUACACAGUGCUUUGGAUUCAAUUCCAAUGAAGUGCUUCAGAGCCUUAAGGUAGCACUGCAGCUCUUUAAAGCAGCUACAUCAUUUCCUGAGACUGCAUCCCUCAGCAAUCCAAUGCAUCUUUUGGGAUCAGUUCAAAAUGCUACUCGGCCCUGCUGUGAGUCAUUCAGACCCAACAGUCGAAACAAGGUGCGUGGACUAAAGGGUCCGCCCUGAAUUUGGGGGGGGGAGGAUCAGAAAUCAACCUGGAUGACGUUGGAUCAGCCAUUAAUUGGCUCGGUAUCUCUAACACAUCUGCACAAUUUCUGGGCAACACGAUUGGCUGGUGCAGAAAUUUAAUUCCCGGUUCCUAUAGUUCUGAUUUAUGGUGAGUCUCUGAAAGAUGUCUCUUUGCUUAAGUAGGAAGUUUGGGAGGAGCAGAGCAGUUUUUGCAAGGGGACUGCAGCUGUCCCUGAACACGGGCCUUGGGCGAAGCCAUUUCUGAUUAAGUCAUAGCAGGAAGAAAACUGAAGCUUUAAGAUUUUUUCUUCUUUGGGUUGGUUUUUUUCUCUUCUUGUUUUUUUUGCUGCUAACAUCCGGGUAGGGUUUUAGCUGAACAAUUGUAACAGCUGUCAUCGAAUGAAGCCAGCCCCCCUCCCCUUCCCCCAGGGGGCUCAAACCAUCACUUUCGUAAAAUAAACAGGGCACAGAUUUGGGGAAAAAGUGCAAAAACAUUCACAAACACAGCCCUUCCCAUGCUGUUUGACAUGUUGUGCAAGAAAGAAUGAAAAAGCCAUCCAGUUUGUUGUUUGUUUAAGUUUUUCAGGCCAACCUUCUUUGCUGGAUCUUUGCAAUGGAAAAGGAAAAAAAACCAGGAGCCACAGGCUGCUCAGCUUUUUGCUGGGACCGCCAGCGCCUUUUUUGUUCCUCUGGGGCCCCUGCUCGUUCUCCUUCGGGUCCAAUACAUACCCGUCAGAUGGCCAAAUGCACCGAAAUGCAAUGAAGGGCUGGGGGCAGUGGGUGCCGAUCAUUACUCGCUUCUCCUUCACAUUUCAGUCUGAGUAUCUUGUCCCGUUGGUUUCAUACAAGUGUCCAAAGGCUCGGAGAAUUCUUGGCCCUAGCCCGCCCUUGCCCCCACUCCCAAAUUGAAAGAGUUGUGUCCUGCCUUCAGGGGAGUUGAGUUGUGUGUUUGCAUUUCCUCCUUUCUCACCAGAUCUCCUCCAGGAGAUCAUUUUCUUGCCAGCAGAGACCCACCCGUCUCGCUUGACUAGUUGUUUUUUUACCCCAGCGACUUGGAAAUCCUCAGUCUAAAUGACUGGAUUCCCAGACUGGCAGUUAAAUUCCAGCAAAUGGAGAGCUAAGAAACAGCAGCGUAGCUGUGGGGCAGCUUUGCCCUAUCGAGUGCGAUGGGGCUUUACUCUAGGCUUCCUCCGGUCAUCGCACUUGGCUGUUUGGCCAAUCUAGCUUCGCCAGGGGAAUUGGGAAUCAAGCGAACGGGGAGGAAAAUAUGCAGGUUGUGGUGCCCAAGUAGGGUCGCUGUGAAGGCUAGCCAGCGUUGCCGUCGGAAAGGGAACCCUAGAGGAACUUGACAAGCAGAUGGGCUUGGCGUUUCGAGCCUGUGUUCUGUGUGUCCUGCAUACGUGAAUGCCAGUGUAAAUGCUCAUAGUACCAAAUAAUG